CAUAAUAAAAGUAAAUAAUUUUUAUUUUAAAUUUCCAAAUAUCUUAAAAAAAACCAAACUCUAUACAGACUGUGAAUUCGUUUAUAUUCGACCAACCUAAAUUAGCUGAAUCUAAUCUGAUUAACUGUUCUCAGGCAGAAAAUACUCUUCAAACAUUGGCCAGGGUGGAUUAGAACUCAAAAGUCUCGCUGCUAGAAAUCUUACUUUCUGGCAGAUAGUUUAGUUUGUUUCUAUUAAUUGUCAUCAUCAAUCCACGAAAAAAGGGAUAGCUUUGUGAGGUCUUUAUAAACUAAUUCAAUAUGCAUAUAUGCUAACACAGCGAAAGCAGAUAAUUUAUUUUCUGAUUCUGGUUCCUUAUAACAUAUAUAUAUAUCCCAUUCUCUUUACAAUGCAGCGCUACCAUCGAGUUAUCACAUAUACCCAACCUGCAAUUGAUUUCUUGAAGAACCAAGUCCACACACCCACUUGGUACAAUGUCACAUUUAACUGUUGAAGGUGAGAGAUCAUAUCACAGAACGUUGAUCCAGGACGCUUUAUACCAGUACAGAAACGACGUGAUCCAGUAUAGGUCCUUUGAGGACAUUGCAAUUGAGUUGGAAGAGUUGGUGUUUGUGCACGAGCAGAAAAGAAUCACAGACUUCUAUUUAUUAAAAUGCCACGAGAUUGUUUUCUUCGUUGAGAAUUACAUCUCAACGCUCCUCCCCAACUUGUUAAAGCGAGUGAUGAAAGAUGAGUUCCAGUUGGCAGACUUGGUCAACAAAAGCAAAGAGAUAGUGCUCUUUGAGGAGUUGAAGAGAGACCGGACCAUGAGCUUCCAGAAAAACAGCAAAAGCAACAAAAACAGCAAAAACAGCAACCAGCGCCAAUAUGGCUUCAGAACCUACAACAACGACUACGUCGACAACCCCCAGGCCAACAUCGACUUCGGCUCGCACUUUCUCAACACCAACAAGCUCUCGUCAGCGCUUCUUUCCAACUGCUCCCAGAGACUCUUGAGCUGCAGUUACUUGAACGCCACCCAGCAGCUCAUCAUCAACACCAACUAUCUCGCCUCGAUGGUCCUCAAGCCCGGCACGCGCCUCGACUGCCUCUUCUGCUGUGGCAAAAAAUGCUGCUCCAACUAUUGCACUCGCCCCAAUCGUCGCUCCCGCACCGCCUCCACCAGCCCCAGCGUCGACCUCUGGUGCUCGUGCCUGAAGUGUGGCGAGACCUGGACCGCGAGGUACGCGAGGGACGAGGCCUGUUUCUCGCUCUGAUUGGCUCCUGUCCUGUGCUUACAUAUACUAUACUUUCCCCAUUAUAAUAUACAAUCUUCUACUUUUGCUACGCAUCAAAGACGAUGGAGACACAAUGUACAUUAAUGACGAUAUGAGUGAUGAUAGUUCAGACAAAAAACAGUAGAUACUAAAACAAUAAAGUUUGGUGA